GACCUUGAGACGGCAAUGGCGGCGCCGGCGAACCCUGUCGAGGACAUGGACGUGGAGGUGGCGGCCUUCCUGGCGUCCUGCGCAGCCUCCGCGUACGGCGCCGCCGAGGCCCUGCUCGACCGCCUCGACGCCCCCGCCUCCCGCGCCGCCGCACGGCGCCUCCUCGGACCCGUGCGCCGCCGCCUCGCGGAUCCAGCCGCCGGACAGGACUGCCUCCGGCGCGCCUUCAACUUCCGCAUCAUCCCCGACGACCCGCACCUACAACAACAAGGAUUUCAGCAAAUAACAACGAUCGAGAUGCCUGGCAUUUUUGUUCCUUGCUCCGAAGCGUUCUACGAGGGCCUCGGACGGCAACCAGAUUCCAUUUUCAGGGACAAGACAGUAGCAGAGCUGGGAUGUGGCAAUGGAUGGAUGUCCAUUGCGCUUGCAAACAGGUGGUCUCCUUUCAAGGUCUAUGGUCUGGAUAUAAACCCAAAAGCUAUCAAGAUUGCACGGAUAAACCUAUAUUUGAAUGCACUAGACGAUGAUGGUCUACUAAUCUACGACGGGGAAGGGAAAACUUUGCUUGAUAGAAUUGAAUUCCAUGAGUCGGGUCUUCUUUCUUGCUGUAGAGACAGCAAGAUAGAGCUCGAUUGCAUUGUUGGAUGCAUACCACAGGUUUUUGACCCAAAUCCAGAGGUGAUGCCAAAGAUUAAAAUUAAUAAUUCCAGUGAGGAGUUCUUGUACUCUCUCUGCAACUACUGUGCCUUCCAGGGUUUUGUUGAGGACCAAUUUGGCCUUGGGUUGAUUGCUCGUGCAGUUGAAGAAGGGAUAGCUCUCAUAAAACCUAUGGGUAUCAUGAUAUUCAGCAUUGGAGGCCGACCGGGUCAAGUUCUAUGUGAACGCCUAUUUUUACGCCGUGGAUUUCGCAUUGAUAAUCUCUGGCAAUCAAAACUUAUGCAGGCUGCCGACACAGAUCUUUCAGAUUUAGUCGAAAUCGAGAAAAAUAGCCCACAUCGAUUUGAAUUCUUUGUGGAUCUUGAUGGGGAUCAACCUGUCUCUGCACGCACAGCAUGUGCAUACAUGAAAUCUGGUGGCCGUAUUUCGCAUGCUUUGUCUAUGUAUAGCUGUCAUCUUCGCCAGCCCGACCAGGUGAAGAAAAUAUUUGACUUUCUUCAAGAUGGAUUCCCUGAAGUUAGCAGCUCCCUGGAUUUGUCCUUUGAUGACAAUGCUGUUGCUGAUGAAAAAAUUUCCUUCCUAGCAUACCUAGCUAGCUUUUUGAAAGAGAACAAGUCCAAUCCUUGUGAGCCUCCAGCUGGAUGUUUAAACUUCCGCAAUCUUGUUACUGGAUUUAUGAAGGCCUACCACCACAUCACGUUAACUCCUGAUAAUGUUGUUGUAUUCCCUUCUCGUGCUGUGGCAAUAGAAAAUGCUCUUCAAUUGUUCUCGCCGGCGCUUGCAAUUGUUGAUGAACAUCUGACCAGACACUUGCCCAAGCAAUGGUUAACAUCUUCAACAAUUGAGGCAAGAGCAGAUUGUACCGAAGCUGAAAACACAGUGACUGUAAUUGAAUCACCGCGCAAAUGGGACUUGCUGAUUGAGUUUAUCAGGAAACUGAAGCCUCAAGUUGUUGUGACUGGCAUGGCUCAGUCCGACGCUAUCAGCACUGCUGCUUUUGUGAACUUGCUAGACGUAACGAAAGACGUUGGUUCAUGGUUAUUCCUGGAUAUUUCAGAACAUCUGGAGUUGUCUUGUCUGCCAAGCUCUAACAGUGUGUUGCGAUAUCUUGCUGGAAACGCCCUACCUUCGCAUGCGGCUAUAUUGUGCGGUUUAGUAAAGAAUCAGGUUUAUUCUGAUCUGGAAGUUGCUUUCACCAUUUCUGAACAGGCGGCUUUCUGCGAGGCAUUGUCACAAACUGUUGAGCUAUUAGAAGGGCACACUUCUGUGAUCAGCCAGCAGUAUUAUGGCUGUCUUUUCCAUCAGCUGUUAGCAUUUCAAAUUUCCGAGCCACAUGCACAGCAAGAGAGACAACCUGCAUUAGUGCUGCCUCAGAGGAUGAUGGGACUCUCUAAUUCUGCCAUAUCUGCCAUAAAAGAAGCUGAAUUUUUCCUUCCCGAUUCUAAGGAAUCUUGUGUCAUUCAUAUGGAUUUAGAUCGCAGCUUCUUGUUAAUACCUUCUGCAGUGAAGGCCUCCAUUUUUGAAAGCUUUGUUAGGCAGAACAUCAUGGAUUCUGAAACUGAUGUUCGAUCCGGCAUUCAGAGGCUGUUGAAACGUAACUAUAAUUACCCGGUAGAAUCUGAUUCUGAAAUUAUAUACGGUAAUACCAGUCUGGCACUCUUCAACAAGCUUGUUCGUCGCUGCGUGCAAGAACGAGGCACCUUCGUUUUCCCCUUGGGCACCAAUGGUCAUUAUGUGUCGGCAGCAAAGUUUCUGAACGCAAACAUUUUUACUAUUCCAACAAAAUCAAGUUCAGGCUUUAAGAUCGAACCGAGUGCUCUUCAAGACACGCUUAAUAACAAGGAAUUGUUUUCGUUUUCCACGGCUUGGGUGUAUAUUUCUGGCCCCACAGUCAACCCUUCUGGUUUCCUGUACAGUGCCAAGGAGAUAGAAGAGCUGCUAACUAUCUGUGCUAGAAAUGCAGCUAGGGUAGUGAUAGAUACCUCCUUCUCCGGUCUGGAGUUCCAAACCGAUGACUGGCCCUUCCCUGGUAUACAGUUCCCAUUCGAUCGCUGGCCUUGUUGGGAUUUAGAAGGAUGUCUUGACGCUAUGGCUGGCCAUGUUGCCCCUGUUUAUCUGCUCGGAGAGCUGUCGCUUGAGCUGACCAUGGCUGGGCUUAAAUUUGGCUUUCUCAUCUCGAAAGACCGGUCCUUGGAAUAUAGUUUCCCAAUCUUGAGUCAGCCACAUAGCACAUUGAAGUACACUUUCAGAAAACUGUUGGGUCUCAAGUACGAGUGGGAUGACCAUUUCUCGAAUCUCAUUGCAGAGCAAAAGGAGACAUUGAAGGCUCGUGCCAACCAUUUGAUGAAGACACUCGAGAACUGUGGCUGGGAUGUUGUUGGCUGUCAUGGUGGUAUCUCGAUGCUAGCCAAACCAACCGCCUACAUUGGCAAAUUAUUCAGGGUCAACGGUUUUGAAGGCGCACUCAAUGGUUGCAACAUCAGGGAAGCACUUCUUAGGUCCACUGGAUUGUGUAUAAGCAGCAGCACAUGGACCGGGAUAACGGACUACUGCCGGUUCAGCUUUGCCCUCGAGAGUGGUGAAUUCGAGCGGGCAAUGGAUUGCAUAACUCAGUUCAAGGAGCUGGUUCUGGGAGGCUCGGAUGAAUGGUAACAGUUGCUUUCGUCGUUGCGGAAAGAAGUAACAAGGAUAAUACCUACAAUUGCGAGGGCGGCUCCAACAGAAAAUGUGUGUAACUUUCAAAAAAUAUAUGCAAAUCUUGAAAAUUACAAAAAAAACCUUCAAAAAAAAAUAUGUCGACCAAGAAAUAAGGACUUCUCCCCUUGUUCCUAAGCCCAGUUAUACCUUUCAACAAAACUUGCACGAUGUAAUUUGGGCUUCGAUGCUUCUGUUGGACACAGACAGUACUAGAGCAGCGGCGAAGCUGAAGGCAGAUGGAAGAACAUUGAGGAACUGAAGGACAUGUUGUAUGUGUUCCAGGAGGUCUCCCUCAGGGCUGUUGAACGUGUCGUUGUGCAGUCAACAUUAGAAUUACUUGAAGGAAAUUAUGUGCUGGCUUCUAUUAGAAACUGCUUGGGAAUGACACUAAGCUAAGGUGGUUUACACUGGUAAAA